AUGAAAACAGCCACAAUAUCCUCCCUCUGGUUAGGGAGCUGGCUUCCGGCCGCCUUGGCUGAGAUGGUCACUCACGAUCACAACUUCCACCCAGAUCAUAUUCUCAGAGUCACAGAGGCUCAGGUGCCACUGUCAUGCGAGAGUCGAACAGAUAUCCUCGUCAACGGAACGUCUCCAGGCCCCGCUCUUCACAUCCUGCCUGGGACGAGCAGUUGGAUCAGGGUUUACAAUGAUAUGCCUGACCAAAACCUGACCAUGAGAAUGGCCCCCUUCGCUGAUGGAACGCCUCUCGCCUCUCAGUGGCCCAUUCCUCCAGGGCACUUCUUCGACUAUGAGAUUGCAACCAACAAUGAUGACGCCGGCACUUACUUCUACCACUCCCACGUCGAUAUACAGGCCAUCAGCUGCACAGGCCCCUUGAUCGUUGACGACUGUGGAAGCUCGCCUUACCACUAUGAUGACGAGCGCAUCCUUCACUUCCAGGACUUCUUCCAAAAGUCAGAUCAAGAGAUGAUGAACGAUGUUACUAAAGGCCCUUUCAAAUGGGCUGGUGAAAUCCACGGCGUUCUUCUCAAUGGAAAGGGUGUUGCCACCGGCCAACAAGCCUCCAUUGGCCCGUCCGGCGGAGGCAGAGGUUUCUUCGGUGGUCGCCUCGGUGGUCGUCCUGAUGGUUUCGGUGGCAACUUCCGUCACCACGGCGGUGAUUAUGAUGACCAGAGCGACAGCAAGGGCUGUGACUCCAAGUCUGAUGACACUAGCAGUGAUGACUCCAACCAAGCUCAAGUCGAAAUCACCGCCGGCUGUACCCUCCCCGUCAUUGACGUCGAGCCUGGCAAGACCUACCGCUUCCGCUUCAUCGGCGCCAAUGGCCUUUCUUUUCUUACCAUGGGCCUCGAGGACCACGACGACCUCACGAUCAUCCAAGUCGACGGCAGCGAGUACAACGCCCCCGUCAAGACCGACCGCCUCAACAUAGGCGCCGGACAGCGCUUCGACGUCCUCUUCAAGGCCAAGACCAUCGACGAGCUCGAGAAAAACGGGAACAAAUCCACCUUCUACCUCCAGUUCGAGACCCUCGAGCGUCCCGAGCCCUACACUGGCUACGGCGUGGUCCGGUACGACCAAUCCACGCCCAUCCCCACAGCCCCGGCCAAUAAGGUCCUCGACUUGCCAAGAGAUCCCACCAACUGGAUGGAAUACACCUUCACCUCCCUCUUCCCCGAGCAGAAUGAAGCCCCUUCCGCCUCUGAAGUCACCCGCCGCAUCAUCAUCGACGCCGAGCAAAAGCAAGAAAACGCCACCGGCAAGGUCGUCUGGGAGCUGGCUCACCUUUCCUGGACCGAGCACACCUACACCAGCCCCUUGCUCGUCGACAUCUACCAGCACGGCGACGCCGCCCUCCCCAACUGGGAAGCCGCCCAAUCCAACUGGGGCUGGGACCCCAAGACAAAGUCCUUCCCCUGCAAGCUCGGCGAAGUCAUCGAGAUCGUCUUCCAAAACACGGGCUCUGAACUCGGCGGCAUUGUCGAAACCCACCCCUUCCACGCUCACUCCAAGCAUUACUAUGAUAUCGGCUCCGGCCCCGGCAAGUACGAUGCCGAGGCGAAUAACAAGAAGCUUGAGCAGACGGGUUACAAGGCUGUCAGGCGGGACACGACGAUGCUGUACCGGUAUGACGAGCAGGUCGGUGUUGGUGAGCCGGCUGGGUGGAGGGCGUGGAGGCUCAAGAUUACGGAUGCGGGGGUCUGGAUGAUUCACUGCCAUAUUCUUUCGCACAUGAUGAUGGGGAUGCAGUCGGUUUGGACGAUGGGGGAUGCGGAGCAGAUUCGAAAGCUGCCGCCGACGGCGAUUUCGGGGUAUAUGACUUAUGGGGGGAGCGUGUAUGGGAAUUCGACGCAUGCGCCGAGGCUGUACCAGUAUUUUAAUGGGACGAAUCAGUGUAGGCCCGUGGAGAAGAAGGAGAGGAUCAGGGUCUACUAA